AGGGGUUUCCAGUGUGAGGGGAAAAACUGAUUUAUUAAUACUUAAGGCCUUUGUUAAUUGAAACAUACUAAUAAAACUAGCUAUAAAGCAAUAAAUGCUAACACCAAAUAAAACAGCCGUAUAGAGCAAUGAAUAAAAUUGCUGUGUAGACUAAAGUUUUCAGUCAUGAACAAGAAGCCGGAAAACAGAUGGACAAAGUAAAGUGCUGAUGAAAGGAGUGUGAUAAGAGAAAGGAGCAGGAAAGUGGUGUAAAAUUAGCACCAAGGACGGAGUCAAGACUGUUGUUUGUGGUUUUAAGGAAUAAAAAGGGAUUGUUGACAAGGGGUCGGGGCCACUCGGUUUCAAGCUGUCCAUUUUGACCGCUUGCCCGUCCUGGUCCUCCAUGCAAUGGGAUGUUAUGUAAGUAUGUUAUGGUUUUGCCUGUUAAACUAACUCUUCAUAACAUUUUAACCUUUCGAAUUUUGAAGUGGUCAGUGUUUUGGUGUGCGUGUCUCUUGUGCUUAACGAGGUUUUCCCCUGACACCAAAAAAAAAGCUAAAAUUGGGGUUAUUGUCCUUUCCCUAAUCAGAGGAGCCAAUUUUGCCAUCCCUGCUAAUUCUGCCAUCCUCACCAACCACUCCUCCGCUGUGGGUAUUUCAGAGUCUUUCCAUUUGGGGGCAUAUAACAGUCUCACAGCAGUGACCAUGUACAAAAACAGUCUUCCAGAUUUAAGUGUAUCAUCAUGAUUGACAAGUUUGGCAUAUUGGAAAUUGGCUCUCCUCUGGGUCAGGGUAUUUGGCACCUCUCUGAAGUUGGAUGGUUUGGGGGGCCAGUAGCAAAGAUUCCCCCAACAUAUUGUACAAUUGCAAAAUUAGGCGAGAUGAAUGCAUUUUAAACUUCAAAAAUGUCAGCGAACGGGACAGUGACGGUGUGCCGCUGGACACUUAGCAACGCAACUUCCGCCCAGAGAUCGGCAUUGGGGGUUCCUUUUUCAAACAGGUUAAGCAGGAGCCAUACCUGUUGCAAGCCAAUCACAGCCAGUUCAGAAGUUCUUUGUUGGAUGAAUGAUUUAUUUAAAAAAAAAACAAAGCAAAUGUUUUCAUUGUUAAACAUGUUCAAAGCAGGGGGAAACGCAUUAAAAUUACUAAAAUAGGAGAUGCAUCGUCAUUAUUUACUUUGUAAAAAUGAAUGUAUUGAAAAUCAUAACAGGACGGUGCCAGUGAAGGUUGCCUGCGCUCUCUGAGAACAGCCCAUCUCUUAUUUCACUUUCCUCCUUCGCUUCCGUAGCUUGGCCCUGUCUCCCCCUUGUCCCCUUCCACCCUCAGGCUUCCUUGGGCCCAAGCCUGGCCAUUGUCCCCGUGGCUGUAGAUCCCAGCAGUGGCUGUGGAUGGUGGCCGUUCGAUCCCCAAAUGGCCCGGUCAGCUGCCGAGUCUGUGGCCUCACCGCUUUUAGGUGCCAGCUUUAGGCUGCGGGCAAAGGCUCUCUGAAAGCAGCAAGAGCUUUUCCUUGCACAGGAUGCCACGCGGGAAGCCCCUUCCUGCAAAAUCCAGGCCAGUGGCUGGGUAAUGAAGCCCCCCCCCCGGUUUGGCAGACCCCACUGCUGGCAGGAUGAGGCCCUCUUCUCCCUCUUUUCAGGCGCGAUGCCAGGAUGCGGGCCAGGUGACCAGGCCCCGAUCCUCCCAGGAUUCUGCAGAGGCUUCCCCAUCCCCAGACAUGUAGGAGGGAAAGGAAAAGGGGGUUGGGCACAGCUAGAGCUGACACAACUUUGGGAAAUAGCUUGCGAGGUUUCCAUUGGCGAGGUGGAUGCGGUUUGUUCUCAGCCAAGAAGAGAAAAUCAAUAGAAAAUAUUCUCUCCCACCCCCAAGUGCUUAAAACGGUUUUUGAACGGCUUCUGUUUCCUUCCAGCACAAAAGAGGCUCCCUGCGUGGUUCGGUCUUUAAUUCAGAAACUCUGAAUUAGCUGCUGAGGGUCCAAGUCCUGGGAAUAUGGGUGGAGCUGUGACAGUCCCAGACCUGAGGAUCGUCCUGGUUGGCAAAACAGGAAACGGGAAAAGUGCAACCGGAAACACGAUUUUAGGGAGAAAGGGGUUUCUGUCCAAGAUGGAGACCGGAUCCGUCACUGUCAAGUGUAAAAUGGAAACGGUUACCCUGCAGGAUGGGAGGACUCUCGGUGUUAUUGAUACUCCUGGUUUUUUUGAUACGAGAUACUCACAUGCUGUAACUGCGGGAGAAAUUAGAAAAUGUCUGAGCUUCUGCUCCCCAGGCCCCCACGCCAUUAUCCAAGUCAUGCGUCUUUGCCGUCUCAGCAAGGAGGAAGAGGCGGUUGCUCAGCUCGUCAGAGACGUCUUCAGCCUUAAAGCCAAGGCCUACAUGAUCAUCCUGUUCACCCGGAAAGAGGACCUGGAAGGGACCUCUCUUGAAGAACUGCUGUCCGGGACAGAGGAGAGCUUGAAGUCUCUGAAGCAGCAAAUCGCCCAGUGUGGGCACCGGUUCCUGGCUUUCAACAACAAGGCCGAAGGGGCAGAACGAGAGGCUCAGGUCGAGGAGCUGAUUAGGAUGGUGGAUGACCUCAUGCAGAAGAACAGGUGUGACCCCUUUUACUCCAAAGAGAUGCUGGAGGAGGACAAAAAGAGCACGUCCCGCUGGCCAUGCGUCCUCCUGUGACAGAGGCAGCAAAGCUCUUUCCACUGAAAAUGUGCUGGAGUGGAAUUUCUCCCCCGCCACUUCAUUGCUGAUGGGGACCCUGGGAGAUGCCAUUCCAGCACAUCUGCGGACACCAGGUUGGAGAAGCUGCUAUGGCUUUGCUUGGCUGCUUCAGUUCGCUGGGUGUGCCAGCUGUGUUGGCUGUCCAGCUCCUAAUCGACUGGGAUCCCUGGAGCCCUUCUGCUCUGCCUGCAUGAAGCCUGGCUAAGAGUCAGAUCAUAAAACGCACCACAAGGCAAAACAAGGCCACCUCCGACCCACAGUCGUUCAGUCUCGCCCCAGAACUGAGGUUCCCCCUUUGACCAGUGGGAGUACUCAGGAACGCCUCCUGCUUUGCUCAGGGAGCGUCCUUGUCCUGGUAAAAUUCAUGGAUCCCAAUUCUGAGCUUCAGGUAAAGCUAUCCAGCAGCUGAAAUGCAACCUUUAGCUUUUAAUUCAGAAGGCAAGCUCCCUUCCAAGAAGUGGUUUUCUAAACCGCUAAUAUAAAGGGGCAAUUUCAUCAAAGAAAGGGAAAAGGCUGAUCCAGGUUCUUCUUGAUUACAGUACUUUCCUCCUCCUCUGCCUUCUGGUAUGGCCCAAAGAUGCAAACACGAAGUGCUGAAAUUCCCUCCCUGUGCAUGGCUUUAAAACCCCAGAGCAUCAUGGAAUGGAGGGGAAUGCAGAGAAGCCAUCUAUGCCACACAUGGGUGGGUAAAAUGUUCACCCCGGGUAGAAGCCCAGGCAAGAGCAGCUAUGGGAAGCCACAGCAGGAAGACGGACAUCUUCAUCCAUGCAAGUCUUGUGCAUGUAUUCUCAUCUCACCAGAAUAUGCGUCUGGAAUCUCAUGUAUCAGAGAGCAUUAAACUCACAUUCCAAGGCUCCCUUACUGUCCAGAGUAAGCUUUACUGUGUUCCAGGGAAGACACGUUGGAGGGGCAGGUGCGGGGAAGACGCAGAUCCCGGCCCCAUCAGCUGCUUCUGAACAAGAGGCCUCUAGCGAAAUGGCAGGAAACAAUCAGGCCCCUGAGCUGCGGGGGACAGUUGCUGGCCGAGGAGGGUCAGUCUGUGCGGAGCAUCCCGGGACCUCCUAGGAUCUAGUUGCUCCAAAGGUUGGCUAAUCACCAGAGGAUUUUGAGGUGAUCACAGUGCUUGCUCUGCAUGGCAGGUAAGGCUGGAUUAGGAAGGAGAGGCAGUUUGGUGUAGUGGUUAAAGGCAGUGGGCUAGAAACUGGGAGAUGGAGUUCCAGUCCUGCCUAGGGCACAAAGCCAGCUGGGUGACCUUGGGCCAGUCCCUCCCUCUCAGCCCCGGGAAGGAGGCGAGGGCAAACUUCCAAAAACAUUGCCAAGAAAACUGCAGGGACUAGUCUGGGAGUCAAGACUGAGUCAAAGGCACCCACAAAACAAAAAAGAUAGGAAGAGUCAACACUGACUUGAUGGGACUUAAUCGAUCGAUCGAUCAGUCGAUCGAAGUCUGUCUAUGGGUUGGAUUCCAGCGUCAGCAGCCAUUAGCAGACAAGACAAGCCCUACUGAGGAUGGCCAAGGGAAUACGCCGUCUCGAGAGCAGACAAAGUCCUGGCGGGAAAAGUGAUCCACGAGGAACAGCGCAGGCCGUGUAAGACAGGCUCUCUUGCUCCAGGCUGCUGCCUUGUGCCAAUCCCAGAAAACGGAGCAGUUAGAAAUGGCUCCGUGUGGUCAAGGACAAGGCUGCUCUAACCCUAAAUCAAAGUUGCUUUGUUCCUAAUACAGUCGGGUAUUCAGAAAAAUUAUGUUUAUGACCAACAUGAUAAAUGCCUGUCUUGCUUGCUCGCAAAGAAAGCUCAACAGAUCUUCCAAACACUCUUCAUCUGUUGGUUGUAUUACCAGCAAGUUUUCCUUCACAGCAGCAGGAGGGUGUUUCUGGGGAUCCUGAACCUCAGUUCCGAAAGCGCUCUGAAGAGUCUCAGAUGACAGGGAGCCCAGCAGACAGUCACACACGCUGUAGCCUUUUUCCCCUAAGGGAUGACGACGGUCCAGCGAGAGACCAGUUUGGUUACAAAAAGAGUUCUCUUCUGCAGAUGCCCAUGAAAUACCUGGUCUUCUCUCCUACCUUGCGUGCUCUUGGUGGUCCCCUUGAUGACGUCACUUCCCCCCUCCAGACACGGGUGGGGGAGACACGGGUGGCCUCUGACCUUGGUCAGAGGCAGGCAGAGCCACUCCCUCAUGCCCUCUCCCAAGACCUCCUGCCCGCCUCCCACCCUCACCCUGGAAAAAGAGAGUCUGCCCCCUCCUUUGGCCACCCUGUGAAAGGAAGCCAAGGAGGUCCCUUGGCCCUUGUGGGUAAAGCCAGAAAUGCUUUGUGCUAAGCCAGAAACUCCCAGGGUAGCUGUGCCAGCUGUGCACGGAAGGAGCUUCCAAUGAGAAUUUCUCUGGCUUUAAACCAACAGAGCCAAACGGGAGUUCGCUGGGAGGAAAACAGGCCAAUACAGGGAAAACGGCCCUCAGGACACGCAGAAAGCCGUGUUCGUGUCACACUCUUACCCCAGGUGUUGCACGGAUUCCUUUUCUGAGUUCACACGAGCAGGCUGGGUUUGCAAGAUCCACCCAGCCAGACCUCCAUGCAAUCUGAUUACUAACCCAGCUUAGUGAAUGUUUGGCAAACUCAGCCAUGAAGCCUUUGCUUGACCCGGUCCAUGUGAUCUCACGCUGCCAGACCACCCUUCAGUGUUUGGAGUCAGAUCGGGCUAUGGCUGGCGUGUCAGUCGUGGGCACCUUCCUUGCCCCCCUUGGCACUUCAGGGCUAUUUUAGAAGGCAUUAUAUUCGAGAGGCAUUGUUUUUAAACUGGGAGA